UCAGCGAAGAAACUACAAGAGUAGGUUUGGCUGCAGAAACUACAUUGAGUCAAUUGAGGAGAUCAUUUUACACAAAUAUUCCUAAUUCAUAUAUGGAAAACAUUAUGGGAGAAGUUGCCCAAAAGAUUAAAGUUGAUUUUGAAGAGGAGAAAGAUUUAUACCAUGUACAGUUGUCUGAUGCCACACUACCAGAUUCAACUAUUUCUUGCAAAUGCAGUGUGAUAAAAGAAGACAAAAGGCUUCAACUUUGUAAGAUUGAACUACACCAAUUGCGUCAUAUGGUCAUAGACAUAUCGUGCCUUGAUAAAAACUUAGACCUAAGGCUGAUGCUAUCCACCAAGAGGACCUUAACAGCUUUCACUGAUGAUGAGAUGCAAAGCAUUAGAAGUCUUAUUAAUUCUGCAAUUCUAGAUCAAGAUGUGAAGGGUGGGUUGAGAUGGCCCUUGGGGAAGGCAUCUUCUGGAGGUAGAUAUUGUGUGGUGGGGGUUUGGCACACAAUAGCUAAAGAUUAUAAAAGUUCAUCAUUGAGCCUGAAAGUGAGACAUGCUGAUCGAUAUGAUUUUAGAACUUCAACUGGGGAAGCUACAAGGGAGAUAAAUCUGAAGCUGAAAAACAUUGUCUCAUUAUUACAGGAUCAGGAGGUUGAGGUUAGUUCGGUUGCUGAGAUGCUUAAAGACAACUUGAAAUUGAUAUGGGAUCAUUUCUUAUGCUGUGAACAUUUUUUGACAUGAAAUAGCAAAAAAGGUGGCGAAAAGAUAAAAACAGAAGGGACACCAUCCGGAAAAGGGCAGUUUGAAUAUUUUUGAUAUGUUUAUGGUGUAUUUGCUUACAUUUUAUGGCAAUUUUAAGGCAAUGGGCAUUGAUUUAGGACUGUGGUUUUUAGUAUAAGAUGAUAUGUCAUCUUGUAUUGGUUAGAAAACUAUUAAAUCAUAGGGUCUUGUUAUCAAUUAU